CCAAGUGAAAGAAGGAAGCGAAGCGCUCAUUGAAGCUGUCAGUAAGUAGUUGUAGCGACAGUAAGGGAGAGACCCUAGGUAGAAAUUGCUUCUCAUGCAUAGUGCUGCAAGACAGUCGUGAAAAAAGAUUUUACAUACAAUUUAGUAGUCCUAUUCAUUUGAUAGAGGGCUGAAACGUUGCUAUUUGGCUAUGGCUGAUGUCGCGCUAUUGAACGAGGAGACAGGGGACGUCGCGAAAGGGUUUGCUCGCAAAGGUGCUUUGAGGCAGAAAAACGUCCAUGAAGUGAAGGACCACAAGUUUAUUGCAAGGUUUUUCAAGCAGCCGACUUUUUGCAGCCACUGCACCGACUUUAUCUGGGGAUUUGGAAAGCAAGGAUUCCAGUGCCAAGUUUGCUGUUUCGUGGUCCAUAAGAGGUGCCAUGAGUUUGUCACAUUCUCCUGCCCCGGAGCGGACAAGGGCCCUGACACAGACGACCCCAGAACCAAGCACAAGUUUAAGAUCCACACCUAUGGCAGUCCCACCUUCUGCGACCACUGCGGCUCCCUCCUGUAUGGACUCAUCCACCAGGGGAUGAAGUGUGACACCUGCGAUAUGAAUGUGCACAAUCAGUGUGUGAUGAACGUGCCCAGCAUGUGCGGGACGGACCACACCGAGAGGAGGGGACGCCUCUACCUGAAGUGUGAGGUCACUGGGGACAAGCUAAAAGUCACAGUGGGCGAAGGUCGAAAUCUGAUCCCCAUGGACCCCAACGGCCUGUCUGACCCUUACGUCAAGCUCAAGCUCAUCCCUGACCCCAAGAACGAGACCAAGCAGAAGACCAAGACCAUCCGCUCCAACCUCAACCCUGUCUGGAACGAGUCUUUCACUUUCAAGCUGAAGGCUUCAGAUAAGGACCGCAGGCUUUCUGUGGAGGUGUGGGACUGGGACCGGACCACCAGGAAUGACUUCAUGGGCUCCCUGUCCUUCGGCGUGUCGGAGCUGAUCAAGUCGCCUGUGUGUGGCUGGUAUAAGAUGUUGAACCAGGAAGAGGGCGAGUACUACAACGUGCCCAUCUCAGAGGAGGAUGACGGAAACGAGGAACUCCGGCAGAAGUUUGAGAAAGCCAAGCUGGGCCCCACUAAGAAGACGAUCACUCCAUCGGAUGACAACCGGUCCAGUCGGCCGUCCAACAACCUGGGCUCUGUCAAACUCACCGACUUUAACUUCCUGGCCGUUCUAGGGAAAGGCAGCUUUGGCAAGGUGAUGCUGGCAGAGAUGAAGGCCACGGAGGAGCUGUACGCCAUCAAGAUCCUGAAGAAGGACGUGGUGAUCCAGGACGAUGACGUGGAGUGCACCAUGGUGGAGAAGAGGGUUCUGGCCCAACAGGACAAACCGCCCUUCCUCACAGCGCUUCACUCCUGCUUCCAGACUGUGGACCGGCUCUACUUUGUCAUGGAGUUUGUGAACGGCGGAGACCUCAUGUACCACAUCCAACAAGUGGGCAAAUUUAAGGAACCUCAAGCAGUGUUCUACUCAGCAGAGAUCGCUGUCGGCUUGUUUUUCCUGCACAAGAAAGGAGUCAUUUAUAGGGAUCUGAAGCUGGACAACGUGAUGCUGGACUCGGAGGGCCACAUUAAGAUCGCCGACUUCGGCAUGUGUAAAGAGAACAUGUACAACGGGGUGACCACGCGCACCUUCUGCGGCACUCCUGAUUACAUCGCCCCUGAGAUUAUUGCAUAUCAGCCGUAUGGGUUGUCAGUGGACUGGUGGGCCUAUGGCGUUCUGCUCUAUGAGAUGUUGGCCGGGCAGCCUCCGUUUGACGGCGAAGACGAGGACGAGCUCUUCCAGUCCAUCAUGGAACACAACGUGUCGUAUCCCAAGCAGAUGUCCAAAGAGGCCGUGUCCAUCUGCAAAGGGCUGAUGACUAAACUACCGGCGAAGCGCUUGGGCUGCGGCGCAGAGGGAGAGCGGGACAUCCGUGAGCACACCUUCUUCAGGCGCAUCGACUGGGAGCGCCUCGAGAACCGCGAGAUCCAGCCCCCGUUCAAGCCAAAAGUGUGUGGCAAAGCAGCAGAGAACUUCGACAAGUUCUUCACACGCACCCAGCCUCAGCUCACCCCGCCCGAUCAGCUGGUCAUCGCAAACAUCGACCAGAGCGACUUCUCCGGCUUCUCCUUCAUCAAUCCCCAGUUUGUUCACCCCUCCCUGAUCACCCAGCACACCUUAUGAGGAGGUGGGGGGGACCACAGACCCCGCUCCCUCCAUUCCGCAACCACCACCAACUGGAGCCUCUUCAAGCCAAACCACCAACCAACCGCCAAACCCACUAGAAACAACAGCAAAAACCCUGAAAUCAAUCGCCAUUUUAAGUCUAUCCAUGUAUUAGUGAUGUUUCAGUUCUGUAGGAAUUGGACUUGAGGCUCUGAGUGGAAUGACCUGUUGAGUGGAAGUGCUGAGUGUUUAUGGUGAGGGGGAGGAUGAAGUUUCUAUGAAGGAGUUGCAUGCACAAUUGAAAUCCCCUCGCAACCCAUUUAUGUUUUUAUUUGAACGGACUCCAAAUAGAAGUCCUAUGGAGAAUUUGAUUGAUAAAAUGUGAUAGAUAUUAACAUGACCGACCUGUCAUUUUGAAUGUGUAGGGAUAAACCUCAUGAACCUAUAGCAGUUUAGAAUGAUUAUCAAGCGAAGUGUUAAAUUACUGCUUGUUGAGUCCUUUCACUCUAUUGGCUGACCUAGUCUCCAUGAAGAUCCCUGGUAAUUACAAAGGUGAUCUCGUCUUGAGCUAUCUGGUCAGAGGUCGAAUCAGACAAGAAAGUACAUGCUGAUGGACUCUGUUUACAGUACCACCGGUUGCUGGUGAGAUUAUUUCAUUAUGUGUAAUUACAGGUAUUCCCAUAUGCAUCAGGCAAUACAAAAUCAGUACGAGUAUCAUGACAAACACAAAUACACGGCGUGUGACAUUUACAAAGCGAUAUCUUGAAAUUACUUGUGUAUGCCUCUUGUCAUUAGGUUUACAACUAUAAGUGGGCAUUCUUACAGAACAGAGUGCAACUUCGUAGAUUUUGCAGACAAAACACAGACCGUCGCAAGAACCAAAGGUUUACAGAAUAAUGUGGGUGGUUUAUCCAAAGCCAAAUGAUUAUACGUAAUACUAUUUUGUGUGAACAUUUUUGAUAUAAUUUCAGAUUUUACUGUAGUCCCCUCUUUUUUGCCAAUUACCGAACACUGUCAAUGACCAGGUUUCUUUUAUGUGAAGUAUUUCAAAGUUGGGAAGCUCCUAACAGAAAUGUCCUGCAGAUUUUGUAAGACAAUUAGCUGAAUUCUCCUAAUUUUUUGUUGUUUGAGAGGUAGCGACUAAAUUAAAUUGAUGUCAUGUUACUGUUUGCUUGCUAUAUGAUGCAAUAUGAUGUUGCAUGUUUAAACCUGCAUACAUAGAUACAACGCCAUUCAUGGUUAUUAGAGCAACACAUUAGGGAUAAUGUGAGUGAUACUUAUAGAAGUCCCCUACAUAUUUUUCUUUUUUAACAAUUACUUUGUUUUAGGCUUUUUUUGUGAUGUCAGGCGUUUUUACCCAAUUAGUGACUAAUUGAUAUUUUAAUGUAACUCAUACCAGUGUAUUAACUGUUUUGUAAAUAUUCAUGUGUUAUUUUAAAAGGUAUAGCAGCUUGCAGUUUUUAUACCAACAACUGAAUGUGCUUUUAUUACAUUAGAUAGGUUAAAAUAUUUCUAUGUAUGAAAAAAAUAUAUAAUCUAAAAGAUACACUUUGUCACAAUUUAGUGACAGUCUUCAUAGGGUCAAUCAGGCUUAGCAAAACCGCAACAAAAAAAUCUGUAUGACUUUGGCUAAUUUGAUUGCGCUAGAUUCAAGCGCACACAUAUCCGAUGUUCCUGAAUGCAUUCGUGAUGAGUUGACCGAAUGAGUACCCAGCUCUAGGUUAAUUAUUUUUCGGCCGUCCUUCCAGUUUCUGCAUGUUGUUGGUAGGGAUAAAAAAAUGCACGAAAUGUCCUGAAUGAUACUCUGCACCCCACGUUGGAGAGCAAGGCUUUUCCCCUCCAAACGAGACCCAGUAACCAAUCCUAAUUUCAGCCAUUUAUGAUUACGACAUUAUAGGAAAAACUGACCCACAAACUAAGAUUAGUUUAAUGUCCAGGAACAUCUCUGUGUUUGACCUAUUGGACCACUAGCUCCAGUGUGUUAAUGAUGGGGUUUUAUUUAGUUCCAUGUUCUGUUCAUAAAUAAUGCUUCUGUUCAAGUAAUUCAGGAAUGUAUAGGCCUAGUAGAAUUAUCACCGUAGCAAUUCAUACCUGUUAAUGUAACUGUUGAUAGAUUUAGACAGCUCCCUAGCAUCUCUAUUUCUAAAGUUUGGGUUUCUCCAGACUUGUACCUAACCUUGCCAAACCUGUGCCAAACCCAACACAACCAGACCCGACAAUAGCAGCGUUGCACUAGCUGUAGUCAUGCCAGUACAGAUCUAAUGUCGAAACUGACGUCAUUACCGUUGUCGCGCCACUACCGGCGCUGUUUCUGCACCAAGGCUACGCAAUUACCAAUGCCUGGUCAGUCUUGAUCAUUGUCCCUGGUAGCCUCUUACUGCUCGUCAUUGUCUGCCUGACUUAUGUGCUUCUCGCUAAUAUGUAGCCAUGGGCGUGCUAACGUCAGUGUGGCUCCCGAUGCUAGUCAGACAUUUCCCAUGCAUUGUAUUAGAUUGUACGUUAUUAGCCUAGACCUCUUUGGGAGUCUACCUUUGUGCUUCAUAGCCAGACAACAGUGCAACCCUUUCACUUUACCAUGCCUUCUUACCUUACCUCCCUGUGCCUUUCAGAGCAUGUGUGGACUGUGUCCAUGUGUCCAGAAAAGAGAGUGAGUGUGGGAAGAGUAAAUGGGUGGAUGCUGCGGGAUUGGGUGAAUGAACGAGUGAGUGCGUGCAUGCGUGCGCAUGAGCGAAUAAUUGAUCGUGAACAAUUCCUUGGUCCUCAUCCAUCUGAUUCGCCUUUUAAAUCUGCUUUCUGGGUAGCUCUUCUUUUCCACUCUCUUAAUCUCCGGCCUUCUCAAGCUCUGAGCAAUUGAUCUGUGCUGUUAUUGGCAAAGCCCCUCAUCCCAUGUUUUUCGAGGUCCACUCAGUUUGUGGAAAAGCGUUUUUAAAGAAGUUUCUACUCUACAGGCUGACACCAACCUGCCCUGCCACCCCUUUCACCCUCCUUCCUAAACUCAAUGGGGAAAGCAUUGGCCAAAUGUCUUCUUUCCUUCCCUUUGUUUACAUUCUGCACUGCAUUUCCUUUUUAUGGGGGGUGGGGGUGGCUGAAUCUAGAGACACUGCAUUUCCUUUUUAUGGGGGGUGGGGGUGGCUGAAUCUAGAGACACUGCAUUUCCUUUUUAUGGGGGGUGGGGGUGGCUGAAUCUUGAGACACUGCAUUUUAAUGAUAAUUAUCUUCAAUGUUUAGGUAUAUUUACUGGCUUGGUUUCUAUACUUUUCUGUCAUGUUGGCUCUACUCCUUUACCUCCGUCUUAAUAAUGAACCAUUCUUAUUUUACCAAUGCUCUUCAAGUUUCACACCCUUUCUGUUUUUGGUACAAAGAGGUUGAAUUGGACCGGCGUGUUUUUAUUGCCGCGUAGAGCACAAGAUCAACAUUGUGCAGAUUUGCCUUAUCUCCUGUGCCGUGUGGCCCAAUUUGCACCGUAUUCCCUAUUUCGUGCUCUACAUUUGGUUAUAUUUAGGGCUCUAUAUAGUGAAUAGUGUGCCACUUGGUACUCAGUCUCUAGCCUCUCCCCAUUUUUCUGUGGAUUCAUGUCCAAACCAAACACUUAUUCUUCUGUCCCUGUACAUACUGAUUUAGAUAUCGACAUGUAAAAGAAAGAAUAUAUUGUAUUUUGCAAAUAGCAUAUGUUUGUUCUCCCUUAAACCCAUUGAAAGUGAGUCUGAGCUACUUACCUAGUUAAUCCAUGGUGUCCUUUGUACCUAUUGUAUGAUAAUGCAAAUAAAGAUAAAUAAUAGCCAUUCA